GUUUUUUUUUGUCGUCCCCUCGCAGGCCGCCGUAGUGACGCCAUCAAAAGGUGACCCAAGAACCUUGAGGAGGUUCCAGUUAUCUUUAUAAACUAUUUUAAUAACGCAGGAGCGAUACAGGUGUUAAAUAAACAGGAGAAGCCCAACAGGAUGGCCAGCGUGCUCUGUAGCAGAGCCAGGGUGGUUACAUACCUGCCAGGGCUUCAUGUUCUUGUUCAAAACAUAGCAGGAACCAGAUGUUUUUCAGAUGAGCGUCACAUUCACGUCACACCCCCAGAUAUCGGAGUGAGGACGGUGUGGCCAGACGAGACCAUGGGUCCAUUUGGUCCUCAGGAUAAACGCUUCCAGCUUCCCGGGAACGUGGGAUUUGCCAAACAGCUGGAAAGCCUGGUUGAGCAGAAGCCCGGCCCCGUGCAUACAACACUACCGGAUUUGCUGACAGCACCGUCUAACACCGAGAGACAUGAGUUCAUCCUGGCACAAUUCAUCACCGACUACCAUGACAACUCAGAGGUGCUGGACAAGGUCGACAGCGCAGAGCAGUAUUUCAACCAUUCCAGAGUCGAGUGUGCCAUUCAGACUUGCCCAGAACUGCUGAAAAAAGACUUUGCGCUGAUGUUUCCCGAAGCCCCCUCCAGCGGUAUGAUGGUGCUGACCGUAACACAGAGAACAGAGAACGACAUGACCGCCUGGUCUGAGGAGGUGGAUCAGGAGAGAGAGCAACUGCUGGCUAAAUUCAUCGAAGGGGCAAAGGAGAUCUGCUACGCGCUGCACUCGGAGGGCUUUUGGGCCGACUUUAUCGACCCUUCGUCUGGACUUGCGUUUUUCGGCUCCUACACCAACAACACGCUGUUCGAAACGGACGAGCGAUACCGCCACCUGGGUUUCCAGAUCGAAGACCUUGGAUGCUGUAAAGUGAUCCGUCACUUGCUAUGGGGCACUCACGUGUACGUAGGAAGCGUUUUCACCAACGCGCCAGCCAGCAGCAAGGUCAUGAAGAAGCUGCAGGGAAAUUAACAACAAUCAAGUACUUGAAUAUCGCUCUUAUUCCGUGUGCUUGAGUACACCUGACCGAUUUCUUUCACACCGUCAGAUUCGUCAUAAUCCCUGUGGGGUUUCCUUGAUCUAUUUAUUUUUGUAGAUGAACAUGUGAAAGGGUAGAUCAAUUCUAUGCUGCUUGAUUUUGAGAAAUGUUAAAAAUCUGUCCUUAAUCUAUCCAUCCUUAAUGCCUUUUCUUUUACUGUCACAAAAAAAAAACUGCUUUUGACUGGAUUUUUCUUUGGUGUAGUAACCAGCUUUGAGGUUAUUAUGAAUGAAAUAAAUCAGAAUUGUUCAGGUUUUGAAUUUCUGCCAACGUUUAUAAAGAACAAGACUCGUGUCUUGAAAUAUGGUUUGUACGGGUGAAACGGUACACACUGAUAACAGGUCAAGAACAUAAUUUGGGGAACAAAGUAUAGAUUCAUCAUCACAAGGAUGCCAUAAAGUUCUGUCACAAACAACUCCGAGAACCUGCACUUAUAAUCGAAUCAUUUAGCCUUGUGAAGUGUCAUUUAAUAUUGUACUUGAUGUGCAGAAAAGGAGGAAUAAACAGGUGCUAUUUA